CAACAAACCAAACAACAACAAAAUCACAAAACAUUACUGGAAAACCUUAUCCUCUCUAACACCACACAACCGCAUUGCUCCCACAAGAAGACUUUGGCCUUCCAUUUGGUUCCCCACACCACAAUGGCGACCCUUCACUUCACUCCAUCGCCUUCCUUCUCUCUCACCAGACAAAGACACCCCACCAAGCUCUUCUCCGCCUCUCGGCUGAACCUCCGGCGACGCCGGUCCCUGACCGUCCGAUCAUACAAAGUGGUGAUUGAACACGAGGGUCAAUCCACAGAGCUUGAGGUUGACCCUGAUGAGACCAUAUUGUCCAAGGCACUGGACUCUGGCCUUUCUGUUCCUCAUGACUGCAAGCUUGGCGUGUGCAUGACUUGCCCGGCUAAGCUCUUGAGCGGCUCGGUUGAUCAGAGCGACGGCAUGCUCAGCGAUGACGUGGUGGAGCGCGGAUACGCACUGUUGUGCGCAGCCUAUCCGCAGUCAGAUUGCGAGAUUAGGACCAUCCCGGAGGAUGAGCUGCUUUCAUUGCAGUUAGCAACGGCUAACGACUAAGUUUUUGGUUUUUGGUUUUUGGUAAUUGGGGUUGUGUUUUUUGUUAAGUGGAGUUAGUCUUGCUUCAUUGGCUAUAACUAGUAUGGCUUGGUGCUGAUAUGUUCGGAAUUUGUGUAAUCAUGUUGUUUGAAAGAUUGUCGACAGAGAUCAUAAGCAGAUGACCUAGAAGUUUUAUGCA